UUCUGUGCGCUACUUACAGAACACUUUUAGGCGCUACCUACUUGCUAUCGCCUAUCUCGGCUUGCUAUUGAGUUGACAGUAUUCGCUAGUGUUUCCCAAUUAGUAGUUAACAUUGUUUUGUCUCGCGUCUAAUAUUUAUUAAAAAUCGAAUCCUAAAAUGUUUAUUGAAAUUUAUUUGGAAUAUUUAAUGUGCAAUUAAGUGAUAAAAUGAGUAAUUGGGCACGUCGAAUGCACCGGAGGGCAGCUACAUUAAGCAAUGUAGUGACGUCUUGCGGCCAUCCCAAUUCUUUGCCAUACCCCAGGAGAUUAGAAAAAGUUAAAUUCGGUGCUCCAUUACAAGAAGUAUGCAAGGAAGACAUACCUGGACCUUUACUAGUGCUGAUACUGAAAUUAAACAAAGAGGCACCAUUAAGACGUGAUGUGUUUCGCGCUCCUGGCCAUCAGGGCGCAAUGAAGAAGUUAAUUCAUUUCCUACAAACCGGAAGACUCGUGAAUGUGGAUAACUAUUCAGUUUAUACCAUAGCCAGUGUUCUCAAGAAGUUUUUAAGAAAAAUUCCUGGCGGUGUAUUUGGGCGUGAAGGUGAAAUGCAUCUGUUUAGAGCUGUUGAGUUGCCGGCAGAACAGCAAGUUGAUGCUAUUAGACGAUUGCUGCUGUCUUUGCCGAUCUGCACUCAGAGACUUCUGGUAUUGCUGUUUGGAACGUUCCGGGUAAUGGCAUCCAACGCUGACAAAGCAGGUACAGGUAUGACUUCGGAAGCGCUCGGCGUGUCGGUAGCUCCGUCUUUCUUCCACUCAUGCGUGUCGGACGGCAAGACUGCUACUAUGGAGGAUGUACAGCGGUUCAAGGAUGAAGUAUGCGUGGCGACCCGUAUAAUGCGACAAUUGAUAGAACAGUUCAGCGCCGGCGAUCUGUUCGGGCGAGAUAACUACGAGUACUACGCCCGCGUCACUGGCCGCGUGCUGCGGGUCAAGGACGAGUGGAUAUGCUCGUUCAGAGAUCCGCCGCCGCCACGGCACAGGCGCGACCAGGAGGCAUAUGCAAGACAAUUAUCCUUGGAAGCCGAGAAAACCUGGCUUCAGUGCGAAUGCGACCGAUGGGGGAACAAGUAUAAAUUAGAAGGUCUGUCCAAGUCUGAGGAGUGUCAGUCGAUGCCGGCGCUCAUGGGCGUCGUUGGGGCGACUCCUAACGGUGCCCUCGGGCUGGGCAUCAUCCCCGAGCACAGCCUGCUCGACUCUUGCACCCGGCUCUCCAUAUCCUUGGAGGAAAGCGUCUUUAAGAUUUCAAUGAGCUCCUCAUCUCAGUCCACAUGCAGCAACUCCAGCCCCCACAUGACCCUCGAGGAAUUGAGGGCUAUCAACAAAUACGCCGAGAGUACCAAGAGCCUCUCGUACUUACCUCAGGUACACGAGCGGCAGCGGGCGCGGAUGCGGACGCGCUCGGAAUGGUUCCUGCAGCCGGCCGCGUCGAUGGACACGUCACGGCCCCGCCCCGGCAAUGAACGCGAGCGUCGCGGCUCGAGGCGGCGUUCGAGGCGCGCUCGCGUGUGCCGCGGGCUCGCACUCUCCGACACUGAAAUCCCGCUCGCUGUCCAGCCUCGUAAAGUGACCGCCUGACCCGACGCAUGCCCGCGGUGCCAUUGCCCGCGAUCACACAAUACAUAACACAACAUUGCGCUAUACAACUGUCGCGAAUCAGAAUGAUUUUCGGUCAUUGAACUGCCAAUAGUCUUUAUACUGACUACGCAAGCGUAAAUAUACGCUCACCUAGAAGGUCAUCAUCUUCAUCAGCCGGAAGACGUCCAUUGCUGGACAUAGGCCUAACUCAAAAAUCUCCAUGACGACCGGUAUUCCGGCGAUUUUGUUCCAUGUUGUAGGGGGCCUACCAACACUGCGUAUUCCGGUACGUGGUCGUCAUUCGAUUGAGAUAUAAGGUCACUGAUCGAAAUUAUUUCUGCUCCGCGGUGACAAGACUUCCACACAUCAUGCCAUCUAGCACACAAGAAUAAACGAAUGCCCGCAAUGUUAAUCCUAUUUGCAACUGGGACAAACUAUUAUUUACCAUUGAGGUAUUACACUUACGACAAAGAUCAUGUUUAUUGAAUAAGUCUUAUAUUUCUGACGGCCUUACCGGCUAAUGAUUAUUCCAAUUGACAUUCGUACUUCAAUUCACGUUUACCGAUACAUUUAACGUUAGCGUUGUCAGGAAAAAGGUUGAUCUCACCUGUUUUCCCCACCGAAAUUUUUCGACAAAAAAUUACUUAGAAGUGACAGUCGCUGAGAAUUUACGGGCAUUUACAUAUAUAGUUUUUAUUUAUUUUGGACUUAUCUUCGGCUAUAAUAUUGGUAAAUAAAAUCGUGGGUUUUUACGUCACAUAAUUAAGCAGUUUUGUUGGAUAAUAAAAAAGUAAACAUAAAAUUUAUCUGUAGAGCUGUAAUUUGUAAUCCAUUUCUUCAAUAAUACUAUUAGAAACAUAAAAUCCGAAUGGCAACUCGAUAUAACAGAAUCUUAAGCGGAAUUAGAUCAUGAAAUGGGCUAUGUAUUAUAUCCCUUGACCGCGCUAUCGAUAGGUUUACAUUCAAUUUUACGUUGGAGUUGUACACUUAGGUAUACAGUUUAACUACUCACUCCUGAGACACGAACGAUAUUUAAGGAGAGUAGUCGGUUCAUUCUCGUUCGAAUUAAUUUAAAUAAUAAUUCUCCAGACAAUACCAAUAAGGUAGGUACCUUGGUACAAACUUUAUUUUUGAACAAAUUUCCCUAUAAAUUAAUGUUGGACAUAUUAUAAAUUAUAUUACUAAAUGAGGGAGCGGUAUUGUCGAUAUAGCGUUCCCGCUCGGACAAAGUAUGUUCAUAACAUAUUAAGUAGGUUAGACUAUUUUACUGUCAUACAGAGAUGUUUAUGCCAGUGUAUAGUAUAAUUAAUUUAUAAUAUUAUAUUCGAUAUAAUAUUUUUAAUGCAAUUUCGAUGAGUAUAUGCCACACUUUGUAAUAAGAACGCGUGUAUUAACUGAAGAAAUUGGCCUGAUUCUGUUAUUUCAAAAUCUACAACGCGUUGUAGUGUGAAUUUAAACCGUAGGUACUGUGAAUAUAAAACACAGUAGUAAAUAAGUAUUAUAAUAGAGUUUUACAUAGCAAAUAUAUGAGAUAGAUUAGAAAUGAUAUCAAAUGACAUUGAAUAUCUAGGUAAUUGUAUUUGUGGCGAAAUACUUUUACAAAUUUAUCGUUUUUAUAAAAAUCUAUAACAUUCUAACACUAAUACCAGAUUGUGUGAAUUUUUUAAAUCCGAUUCUUUAGACAUAUUUUAUGUGUUAUGAAGUGUUGUGACUUUUGAGAUACUAUUUAUAUAACUUCUUUAAUCUAAUACUGUAUGGAUAUAUGUUUUAGGGAUUCUUUAAUAUGCUCUCUUUUGAUAAAUUACCUUUAUUGACUACUGAAAAUUCUGUAUACUAUGUUAUUUAAACAGUUUAUGCCAAAAAGUAACUCCUAUUUAGGUAUUCGUAACCGAACUACUAUUGAAAAUCGUCACAAGCUAUAGAAAUAUGUGCCAUAAUGUAAAUGUAAUAAAGACUUUUGUUCCUUUAUCUAUCUAUAAGCAAGGACUUACUACUAAAACGAACAAUACUAUUAGAAAUUGCUGUUAUUAAUUAUUAUAACAUUCCUGUAAACGUCUAUUUGUAAGUUAGAAUAGUUUUAAAUAUUAGAGUAUUAAUGUCUCAUAGUUUAUAUUCUGUCACCUGCCUGUGUAUAUUAACUAUUUUCUCUCAAAAGAGACUUAACUUGCGUGAUAGUAUCAUGCAGUUUAAUGAUAAUUAUAUUGCUAUUGAGCUCUGAAUAAUAGUUCCAAAUCCCGCCAGAGUGGCGCUACAGUAGCAAGAGGUAAUUGUAUUAAUAUAGACAUUGUUCAUGCUGUGAAAUGCUGUUGAAGAAUUUGAUAUUGUUGGUAAUGAAAAUAGUUACGAUACAGUGUGUGGAUUGAUAUAACUGCUGCACUCAAUAACUCUUGUAUUUUUAAAGCGAAGCGCGGGCUGUCUACUCGAGCUAAGCGUCAGAUUUUCUAGCGUUACAAGAUAACGUCAGAUUUUCUAGCGUUAUUUAAUUAAUUUAUACUUUAACUCUUGUAAGUUAUGGCAUUUGAGUAUUUUUGUUGCACUAUAGAUAGUAAUUGAAAUAAUUUCUAAAACGAUGAAGCUUUGAAUGUUGAUUUAAAAGAUUGUUGUCAAUGUGUAUUUUGUUUCACUUGAGGUACGGACAGACGUGCUUUAAAAAAGCGUUAAUGAGUAUGCUUAAAGUUAGCCUACUCAUUAAUAAGCAUUUCGUGCAAUAUUAUUUUUAUAUAAAGGAGAAUAUGUGUUCCGCCGUUAUUCGCAACUUCGAUAAUGUGACACAAACAGCAAAGUUCUUUCUUGUCCCCAACGCGACAUAUUGAGGGUUCAAUUUUCGUUUUUAUUUUAAUUUGACGCAAAAACAGUCGCCCGCCGCGGAUCGAGGUCAAAUCGAUAAUAGCAUGCUAAUAAGCAAACCUGUUCAGACGCGCUCGGAGCAAGCCCCCUUCUACCCGCGCCUCAGGUAGCAUGCUCGAAAAUCAAACGUCGAUUGAUUAAUGAGCACAUGCUCAAUAAAAGCAUGCUUUCGUGCUAGUAAUGAGCACGUCUGUCCGUACCUUUAUUCUCGUUAAAGCCCAACCAUUUCCGUAAUGGUCUUUUUUUUUAUGAUAAAAAGGGACGAGACGAGAAGGACGUUCAGCUGAUGGUAAUUGAUACGCCAUGCCCAUUACAAUGCAGUGCCGCUCAGGAUUCUCAAAAAACCCUAAAAUUCUGAGCGGCACUGCAAUUGCGCUCGUCACCUUGAGACAUAAGAUGUUGAGUCUCAUUUGCCCAGUAAUUUCACUAGCUACGGCGCCCUUCAGACCGAAACACAGUAAUGCUUCCACAUUACUGCUUCACGGCAGAAAUAGGCGCCGUUGUGGUACCCAUAAUCUAGCCGGCUUCCUGUGCUAAGGAGCCUCCCACUGGUCUUAGAAGGUAAAAGCACUUUUGACGUUCACUCGUUAUCUCUUCGACCUAAAUGAAUAAGUAUAAUCUUAAUUUGAUUUGUCACACCAAAAUAUUUUUGAUUUUUUACGUUUAUUUUAAAUAAUAUCAAAUAUGGUGCUCGCUUUAAAUUUUACAUACUUGCUAGCUACUGUAGCACCACCCUAAUAUGACUCCGCCGUUAAAUGUAAAAGAAAAGAAGACUUGACAUUCAUAAGUUUGAUUUUCUUGACCUACAUAAAUUGAUUUCGAUUUGAUUUAUAGAUAGGGUACUUCAGACCUCUACAGUAAGUGUACCAUAUUCCCUACUAGCGCUGAUUCACGCAGGUUUAGUUAUGGUUUUGAUUUGUCUAUAACUCAUGAUGUUUUUAAAAUAAAUUCAAGCGAAAAUCAUUGGGUUCACUGGAUGGUAGGCCAACGUGGUGGCAAUGAUAUGCAAAAGAAUUCUAAAGGAAUCAAUUUUGAGAAAAUAAGUUUUUUUUUAUGCCUUUGAGGCGCUGGCGGUCGAGUUUUAUUGAAUGACUUAAAUAAGAACUUUUCAAUUUGUAUUUCUCGCCGUUUUUAGACUGAUUUGAAAUAUUUUGUUCUUGGCUUGGGUCUCGUUGGUAACUUAAAAAUGGGUGAAGAGGUUUUUUUUACUUUUAAGCUACCUGGCUUUGAAGUCUCAAAUUUUUGUGUUCGAGAAACGUUGAUUCAUAAACUAAAGCCAAAACGUGCAAUCCGCAGUUUGUUGUUGUAUCAAUUGUAAAUAAUCACUGUAUAAGUGGAAUAUUAAAAAUAUGGGUAUUUAUUGUAAAAUGACCUCUGCUCUUUCGAAUGUACUUACAUGUGAGGCAGUUUGUACAUUCCAUCUCAGCUUCUUUUAAACAUAACUUACACGGGUUUGCGCGUCCACUGCCUUAAAAUCUUUUGUUGACGUUCCCCAAAUUGCCAGUCUGUAUAGAAAUACACGGUGUCGAUAUGAUGAGCUAAGUUCAGUUUCGUGGUUACUGGAAGAGGAAUCAGUGGAAGAGAUGGCCAAAUUAGCUUGGUGUGCUAAGUAAGGCUAGACAGUACAAAUUCAGUUUUUCACAUGGAGCACUGUUCGGACUAUGGGCGGGCGCUUCCAGUCCUAGCUCCUUCCAUUUAACCGAAUUCAGAGCGGCGCGAAUCAUCUACGAUCAAGUCAUGUCCGAUCGGCUCGAUACUUCUUCUUUGUGUACUACAUCAUAUAUAACGGUUCAGAGCAAAUUCAGAUGUACGUUUAUAUAUUUAAACCACUACAUAGUUGGUUGGUACUUUCCGUUUUACGGAGGACACCGCUAGUAAUAUCUACGUCGGAUGAAUGACUUUUUGGUCCCUACCGCGCUACUACAGGUCUUUAGCGCCGCGGGACACUCAUGUCACAAUCGAUUUUUUUUUAUAGAAUUGCUUUAUUGUUAACGUUUAGUGUUACAGAGUUGGAUAACAGUUUCCGUAGAGGCUAGUUAGUUUACUGUAGGAGGUUGCAAGAUGACCAUGAUAGACUUGUAAAGUUACAAUAUACUAGCGAUUAAACAAACAAUGCGUGCGACAGAGAAGUACUGUGUUGAAUCUGUGUUGUUGACAAGUCGUAAACAAUCAGCCACACUUAGCUCCUUAAGCGCUUAUUACACUUCACUGAAUUUAGUCGUCUGAAUUCAGUCGAUUAGUGAAUUUAGAUAAGUACAAUCCCAUUCAGCAAGCUAGCAUCCUAAAUUCAGAACUAAGUGUAGUUUCUGACUGACUGAAUCAUUUAGAAGUCUGAUUAGAAACGCAUUUAGGAAAGUGUGAUCGCGUUAAGUUACUGAUUUCAGUCGCUAGUGGCUCUUCGUGCGUGGAGGACGUUUUAUGUUCCCGAAUAAUACUUAUAGCCUAAGCAAGUUUCAGAGAUAGUUUUUGUCAGCAGGGCUUGGGAUAUUAAAGAAAUGAAAUUUUAAAGAGAAAUCUUACUGAUACGACUAAUUUUUAGACAGUGCGAUCAGAAGCUUCUAAUUUGCUUCUAAAGCUACUUCUGAAUUUAAACGACUAAAUUGAGUGAAGUGUAAUAAGCGCUUUAGUAUUUUGACUAUUGAACCAGUAGCUUAACGAACACAUUGACAAUCAAAAUUGUCGAGCUGUCAGCUCGUCUGUAUAUUCGUUUACGGCCGUCUAACAGUUGGUUAGUGUGAAAGCUUAUGAAUAUCUUAUGACUGAGUUGAAAAUCGCGGUGCCGCUCAUAACUUUGAAUUUUCAAAAAUUCUGAGCGAUUUACCGCUAGGUACAGAUCGUCAUGUUGGUGCGCGCCACUAUAAUAGCGAUAUUAACGACCGUUUUUAAUAAUGUAUUUCUAGUUACUGAUAUAUUGCUAUCACCGUAUAAUGACAAGAUCUUAUCUAUCCAUGGAUAUGUCCAAUAUAGUUAUAGUCCAAUGCUAUCUGUCGAUAGGUUAUUGAAAUGUAAGUAAGCGUAAAAGGAUAGAUUUCACUACCUCUAGUAAGUUAAACUAAGGAUAUAUAGGUUAUUGAAAACAGCCGUAAAUGAACACACAGGUACAGCUAUCUAACCUUAAUCGUAAAAAAAUAAUUCUAAAAUUUAAUUGCAUAGUUGAAAUUUCAAAUAAACAACUUAUAUAUUUAGAAAACAAAAUUUUAAUCAUCCUUACCUACGUUUUCGCAUAAGAUGGCACGAAGUAGGUGUAAGUGUCUACGGUAACGCACGGCUACUAGAUUUAUUACAGUUUGUUUCGAAAUAAUAUCAUGGAAAAUAGAUUUAUUUAGGUGAAUUAUGUAUUUUAUUUUUGAGUAUAUUUUUUUAUGAUCACAUUUAAGUAGUUCUAUCCGGGUACUUGUAAAUAUGGCAGCUUUGCUCUGUCUGACAGUGAGAGCGCAUUACGUCCAAUCCGUACCCGUGAAUACACGGUUCGGAGUAGUCGAAGAACUAUUUUUACGCACUAGAUCCGGCUUCCAUCAACCGAGACUGCAAGCAUUUCUUCUUGCGGUAUACAUUGUCUAACAUAUGUGAUUUUGUAUGCAAAAUAUCUUUUAUGUGAUGUAAAAUUAAAUCGAAAGUUGACACACUCAUUCGGUAGUAAUUUUAAAAUAGCAUGUCGUGUUGCCGUAACACUGCGUGGUGCGGUGUACCCAGCAUUCUUUAGUUCUGCGCGUUCGUAUGUACAAUAGCAUUGCCAGAACUUGACUCCUCAUCAACGACGUGAAUGCUCUGGUGUGGGUUCGCGUAAAAUAGCGGACGCCAAAAAGUGGUCCCCGAAUUGCUUGGAAUUGGAUCAGAGGAUGUUAGUGCGUAAGCGAUAUCCGAAUAUCCGUCCGAGAUUUCUAGACCUGUAUUUGUUACGUAUACGGAUCGGACUCUGAGCGGAUGUAGUGCGAAAGUGCUCUGACGAGUAACGACGACUGCCGCGUCAUUAUCACACAGAUCAAAGUUGCAUAUUAUUAACAAGCACACAUAGCGCCGCGCGUCAACAUGACUUGAAGUAUCUAUAAACAUGUGGCAGACUCGUCAGUCUUUACCAUAAUAAAAUAUUAUAUAGGAAUAUAUUUAUUUUUUAAAUGUAUACGUGUCAGAUCUGUAGCGUUGUUGGUCAUGUGACGUCCAAAAUUCUGUGUUCAAUGGCCAAAAGAGUAUUUAAUAGUCCAAUUAAAGUAUUCUUAGGUGUACAUUAUAGGGCUGGUUGCCUUGCGGUCAUCAUUCUUAUGUUACUAGUAUUAUUGUGAAGCCGAUGCAACACAACUUUAUUUAAAUGCAUUUUUUCUCGAUUUGCGUCCUAUUUUUUAUUAUUAACAUUGCAAGUAAACAUGUUAAGUAUAGGUUAAUUUGUAUUAUUUUAUAAGACUGUUUAGUAUUUUGUAUAUGACAUUCGAAUGUUUUACACAGACGACGUCUGCUUUGGUCGGGUAAUGUAACUCUAGGUUAAAGAUCUCUGAUUAGAUGUUAAUUUAAAUUUAUUGAUGUACCCCGUGAGUGGUUUAGUGGUUUAAGUUAACUUAGGUUAAAUAAAGGAGUUGUGUAAACGGGCCCUUGUUGUUACUGGCUCCCACAGAAGUUUAUUCGGAUUGUAGAUAAACUCUAGUUAUAUGUAUGUUUGUCAAUCGAAGCAUGUCGUUCAUUCCCGUCGAAUGUACCCGUUACUAACAGCGUCACUUCUUUACGGAACACCUUUACCCGGUUUAUACCAUGGGAUACUUUUUCUUGUAUUCUACUAUUUUUAUACUAUACUGGUACUUAUGAUUCCAAAUCAUUUUUUGCUUCUGGCAGGCGAGAUUUGUAUCAUAACAUGUAGUAUUUGUUAAUUUGAGAUUUUCUUUUAUGAAAUUUGUAUAUUUGCAUGGAUAAACCACGGGUAACGGCAUGUCCACAUGGUUCUAUUUCAGUUGACCAAGAAAAAUCGGAAACGAAAUCGAAUGAACACGUUUAGAUGGCACAUUGAAAAAGUUAUAUUGUAUAAGAAUUGAGAAGAAAUAUCUAAGAGAUAUAAGUAAUAGAUCGAAGUAUACAGUACAGACAUAAGUAAUAGAACAGUAGGGUAACUCAGCGGUCUCCUUGGAAUUUAUACCUACGUCUGGACAGACCGCUAGGGUUGGUACAUAUACAAAAAGAUUGACGACGCGGCGCAGUUAAUCGGGCAGCGGCUAGACUCGGCGUUGUACGCAAUAGUUUUGUCUUCCCAAGAUUGCUUAGCGGCCGUACAUCUUGUGUGUAUGUGUGCGUGCAGAUUCAGGCGUUCCUAUAUGAAGUUAAAGUACUGUUCUAUUACUUUAUUCUGGUUCAGUCGUGUUAAAUUUGAUUCAACAAGGAUUUGAAGCGACAUUUGUGUCAAACUCUUCUAUUGUUAUAGUUUCGAUUUCGUUGUGUAGUUGAUCAACUUAAAUCGCACCGUGUGAACCCGUAACGGCAUCCACGUACUCUACAGCUGAUUACGCUAUCAACGUUGUCUGAGGGAAGUAUUCUGUAAGGUGUAGCUGUGUAUUCUCGGUGCUUGAGAAUAUAUGCGGGUAACUACUCGAGUUGGCAGUAGUUAUUACAAUACUUUAGUAUUAUGUAUUUUUUUUUAAUUUAUUAUGAAAAACAUUUUCAGCUAUCAGUAGCAUUCUAUGAUAGCUGUUAUAAAAAAUCAUAAUAAUUGUUAUAUUACUAUAAAAGUGGCCAUCAUAAAUUAAUACCAAUUUGGUCCUUCGAACCUUAAUUUUCACAAGCUGACAAACUUGCAAACGACUGUCACAGCGUGCUUCUUUUAGCUGAACUGUACUGAACUAUAAAAACGACUGUACUAAGAUUUUUAUUUCGAUUAUAAUAAAGUAGUAUCAUUUAAUUUGUUAGAUGAGUUCGAUUACUGUUUUUGAUUAAAGUACCUACUUUUGUUAUUUUACAUUAGAUAGUAUUACCGACAUGCAGUAUGCGUUAUAUAAAUUCAUUUGUAUAUCACAUUGUAUUUGCACAUUCUAUUAUAAAUUACACGAAGUUAUAAUUAUA